AGCCUAACCAGGAGGAGAGUGGUGGCGUACGCGCGGCGCACCUGCGUUUAACGAGGCGCGAGAGCACGGACGAGGACCCUGAACUUGUUUGUGAGACCCCUUUGGAUUUAUACGUCUGAACUUUAGGUGGAAACAUGAGCAAAACGAAGAAUAAAAGUGAUAAUAAGACGGAAAAAGCUUUGGCUGCGGAGAAAGAACAGUUUGGAAAACAGCAGCUCCACAGCAUCAGCAGAGCUGCCACCUCAGCCGAAACACCACCCAAAGACAAGCAUGUGCGCAAUAUCAUCAUGGGAACUCAUAAGGAGGGUGGAGCAACCACCUUCUGGUCCUAUAUCUUGAACCUGCCUCUAUCCAGCAACUCCAUAGUGAGCUGGAAGUUUUGCUAUCUGGUGCACAAAAUCCUCAGGGACGGACACAGAAAUGCUGUGACAGAUUCUUACAGAUACUGCCGUAAUGUCAAAGAUAUGGGCACCCUUUGGGGAAACUUGCAUGAUCGAUAUGGGCACAUUGUCGCCUUGUCUGCCAAAUACCUCUGCCACAAAAUGGAAUUUCAUAAAAAGCACAAGGUGAUCCCAGGUAACCUGGAGGCCAGUGAUGAGACUUUGGAGAAGGAAGCAGGAAGUGACAUGACCAAAGUGUUGGAUAUGACACAGGAGCUGUUGGAAUACCUGGAUGCUGGACUCAAGAUGGCUGACACAGUGUUUCGUCAGGUGGAGGCCAACCAGGCCAAGUCUACUACUCCAGCUGGGCAGUGCAGACUGAUGCCACUCAUACCUGUCAUACAGGACUGCAGCUUUCUCUAUCACUUCUCUGUGCGAUUGUUGUUCAAGCUUCACAGCCGCAUGUCUCCGGAUGUCCUUCUUGGACACAGAGAACGGUUUCGUGAUCUGUUUAUGAGCCUCACACAGUUUUUUGACAAAGCCAGAGAAAUGGAGUUCUUUAAAACGUUCAUCCAGAUCCCAGAUCUCCCAGAUGCUCCUCCAAACUUCCUCCGAGCCGCUGCCUUGGCUGAGUACAAGAAGCCAGUGGUGGUGAUGCCAAACGAGGAGAAUCAUGAGGAAGAGGAUGUGGAGCCACAACCAGAGUUUAGAGAGACACACCAAAUACCACAGUACUAUCUGCUCAGCCAAAUGGGAGCACCUGAUUCUUCAGUGGAGCAAAGAGGAAUGGAGAAUGAAAGUCUGAAGAGAGAGCUAGAGGUGCUGAAACCAGAAAUACAGCUCAUCAAGAAUGAGGCUCAGAGGUGCGUAACAGAGUUAAAGGCUCAAGUGAACCGCCUGGAGGCCGAGGUUGACGAGCAGCGCACCCACAAACAGAUAGCGCUGGUUGAAAAUGAACAGCUACGAAUGGAAGUGGAAGCUUUACGAAGUGUGAAUGUCGCCAGCAUCGGAGCUCAGAUUGGAUUCAAGGAGGCAGAUAGUAGAGCUCAGGCGGCAGAGCUGCGUUUCACUCAACUUAAAGAGAGACAUGCAGAGCUGGUUACCAGCCACGCUGACCUAAUGAGGAAGAAUACAGAAACGGUGAAAAUGCUGUCAAGUACAAAACAAGAGCACGAUGAAGUGCACAGAGCCAAAAGUCAGCUAGAAAGUGAGGUUGAAAAUCUACGACGGGAGAAAACCAAUGCGAUGAAUCAGCAGCAGGAAGAGGUUGACCGCCUGAACAAAGAGCUGCUGGAGCAAAGAGCAGAGCUUGCUGCCUUGCGCAGUAGCCUGGAGAGUAAAGAGAAGGAGGGAUCUCAGGUGAGCAGCAGCCUGGCAGCUUUACAGGCGGAGCGUGAAGUGCUGCUACGCUCUGCGAGAGAAAAGGAUGCAGAGCUGUCCUCUCUGAGACAACAGGCACAACUACAGCAAAGCUCCCUGGACUUGGAGAGAGACAGGAACAACCGAGAGCUGGAGGAUCUGAGAGCUCAGCUACAGCAGCAGCUUGCCAUCAAUGCAGAGCAGAGGUUGGAGAUUGACAGGCUCAAGCGAGAGUUAGAAUCCACACGAGCAGACCUGACACGGGCAAACAACAUCCUGCAAAGCAAAGAAAUGAGUGGCACCCAGCUGAACAACACACUGGCAGGGCUGCAGGUGGAAAAGGAUGGGUUGCUCCGUUUGAUGCGGGAGCAGGAAGCUGAGCUAAACACCCUCAGACAACAAGCUCAGUUUCAACAGACCUCCCUAGAACAAGAGAGGCAGAGGAGCAGCAUGGAGCUGGGAGGCUUACAUGCUCAGUUACAGCAACAGGCCUGUCGUGAAAGUCAGCUGGCCCAGAAGCUGCAAGAGGAGCAGUUCUGUCUGCUACAGUGUGCAGUUGUGGAGGCUGAGGGCAUCAUACUGGAUGCUGUUGCCAAAGUGGAUGACCCCAUACACGUGCGCUGCAUCAGCUCUCCUGAUUACUUGGUGAACCGAGCUGAAAUCACGCUGAAUUCUAUUGACAAAAUGCAGCAGAGUCACUUGGCCUAUCUGGGAAACAGUAACGAUGCCAGCGGUUUGCUACGAGCAGUCACACAGUUUUCCCACCUUGCAGCUGACACGAUUGUCAAUGGAGCGGCGACAUCACACUCAGCCCCUACUGACCAGGCCGACUACUUGACUGACAGCUGUCGGGACUGUGCCAAUCACUGCCUUCAGUUCUUGAAGGAUCUGAAGCUUCAGGCCAGUUUACAGCGAGCAGACCCGUCUGCAGUACGCUACACUGUUCAACGCAUCCUCGCUCUAGGACAGGAUCUGCGUCCAAAAGGGCAUGAUGUGAUGAAAGAAGAGCUAGGAAACAUGGUGGACAAAGAGAUGCUCGCCACAUCUACUGCCAUUGAAGAGGCUGUGCUGCGAAUGGAUGAGAUACUCAGUCAGGCAAAGAAGGACACUACUGGUGUGAAGCUGGAGGUUAAUCAGAAUAUCCUGGGAUCCUGCUCAGACCUGAUGAAGGCUGUUCAUAUGCUGGUGACUGCUGCUACUGACCUACAGAAAGACAUUGUGGAAGGAGGAAGGGGCGCAGCAUCUGUUACUGAAUUUUACGCCAAAAACUCUCGCUGGACCGAAGGACUCAUCUCUGCGUCCAAAGCUGUGGGCUGGGGGGCCACACAGCUGCUGGACUCAGCUGACCGGGUUGUGGGUGAAAAGGGUGCAUAUGAGGAGCUCAUCGCCUGUUCACAUGAGAUCGCUGCAAGCACCGCUCAGCUAGUUGCUGCUUCCAAGGUGAAAGCAGACCGCAGCAACAAGAAGCUGCACACACUGCAGCAGGCCUCAAGGCAUGUAAAUGACAUGGCUGCUGUGGUCGUCACCUCCACCAAACACGGGCAGCAGCAGAUCUCUGACGACGGUUUGAUGGACUUCUCUGGAAUGUCUCUGAUCAAGCUGAAAAAAGAAGAAAUGGAGACUCAGGUGAAGGUGCUGCAGCUGGAGAGCCAGCUGGAACAGGAGCGAGUGCGUCUGGGGGAACUGAGGAAGAGGCAUUAUGAGUUUGGAAUAUCUGGGACCGCCACAGAUGGAGGGGAUGAAACUGAUAGCUUCCCACCACCACCGCCACCUACUCUGCUAGACUCCACCUCAAUAACUCAGUCCUUUACACAAACAAAGCCUUAUUUAAAUACCCAGAGUUUUACACAGUCAAAUCUGUUUCCACCGACUCAAACACAGUCUUUCUCACUGCCUCAGUCUUACACACCAGCACAUGUGUACACACCUUCCCAAACCUACACACCUUCCCAAACCUACACACCUUCCAAGCCCUACAUCCCGACUCAGCCUUUCACACCAUCUCAGCCCUACACCCCAAACCAGAGUUACUUAAAUCCUCAGUCUUAUUCAGUGUCACAACCCUCAUCAGUGACGUCCAGUCCUGCUCAGCCUAAACCCGCCUCUCAGCCCCAGGCAUUCUCGCAGAACAACAAAGAGCAACACCCCAGACUAAGCUUAAGAAAAACAAAUAUCUUUUCCAAAUCUGGGAACUUGCUGAAGAAUGCGUUCAAACGAGGUGAAACUGGAACAGGAGAGUCAUGAAGCUGA